UUUAAGGUAGUUGUAGCCAUUCAUUUACAAAAAUCAGUGGACUUGGCACAAAUAUUCAAAAUGUUACAAGCGUGGGCUUUAUUAGCGUUUAUUUUGCCGGUUGUAGUUUUUUCUAGUGAAAUCGUUUUUGAUAGUCAAAACGUUUUUACCGAUACAAAAAAUAUAGUUUUACCGAACACGAUUAAUUCAAAAUUGGAUGACAGUAAUGCCACGGGACUCGAGCCGGUUUAUCCUGAGAGCUGGUUAGCCAAUCUCUUCUAUCAAUCGUUAGUGGGGUUCUCAGUCACAGAUGUUGGAAAUUCGGCUUGUCGACUACAGUCAAAUUUGUACUUAAGCCAUUUAAAAAAUAACUCCUACUGGGCAGUAAAAAUGUCAGAUUCAUGGCCUAGAUACCUAAACGGAUUAUUAAUAGGCAACACACAUCACAUGGGCGUUUAUGACGAGUGCAUUAGUGUGCAUCAUCCUAUUCAAGGAAAAUAUUGUUUGUCAACCAUCGAGCUUCAAACUUCAACAAACGAAAACUUCACCCAGUACAGUAAAGAUGAAUACACCAGUUUCGAUAAUGCUUGGCAAGAGAUACUCGGGUUUAUCGAUUAUGGUGACCGGUAUAAUAGAAAUGUUAUCAAACUCGGCGUCUGUAUACCAGAGGCGUGUACAUCCGAAGACCUUGAAGUUUCAUUACAAAGAGAAUUGGAUCGUAUAUUCCUAGCACAUCAACUAAGUACCCAAGUCAAAGUUAAACCAGAUUAUUGUAACACCAACAUAAGUUUUUUCCCGUACGACACAGGAUAUUAUUUAACAUGUAUUUGUAUUGCCUUGCUGAUUUUGGUCGUUUCAUUUUCUACGGCUUACCAUUUAGUUGCUUUACGCAAUGUACGAGAAAACAAAAUAUCUCAAGUUUCGGAAAUUACAAAUAUAUUUUCCAUAAUAUCAAAUGGAAAAGAGCUCCUUAAGUUCAAAAAGAAUAAUGAGCUCAAUAUGUUUAACGGUUUGUCAUCAUCUUUAAUGAUGUUGAUUAUAAUAUCACAUGGAUGGAUAGUUAGUGUCGCUGCUCCGCAUUUGUACCCGCGGCCAAUAGAAGAGUUUUUUCAAGAUACCCACAAUAAUUUUUUUUUAAGUUUAAGUAAUGGAAUUGACCCUUUCCUAUUUAUUUCUGGUUACAUCUUAUACACAAUUAUGAUUACCAAGUUCAGAAAACCCGGGUGCAAUUGGUUUCAAAUUCCAAAGAUAAUUAUCUACAAGUAUCUAAAAUCUCUUCCGGUUCACAUCACGAUGAUACUUCUUACGAUAUUUAUUAUCCCUCAUAUGGGGAAUGGACCUUUAUGGGCAAACAAAUCGGGUUUAGAAGCAAACAAAUGCAAACAAUAUUGGUGGACUAACCUAUUGGUUAUUAAUAAUUUCAUUGAAGGUGAAAAACAGUGUCUCUUCGCUGGUUAUUACAUUUCAUUACAACUCCAGUUGAUGGUUAUUGGAAUUAUCGUCGUUUACAUUUAUGGAAAAAACCGUAAAAUCGGUACUGGUGUAUUAGCAUUGCUGAUUUCCGCGUCGUUAAUCCUUCCAUUUGCUUUAACUUAUUAUUCAAAAUCAGAAGGAAUUACCAAAUUCAAUAUAUCGUUUUUCUUAAAUUUAAGUGAGUCGACUAGGUCAUACUCAUAUCAUUUCACGCAUCUAUACAGCAAGCUUUAUGUACGGGGUUUACCAUUUUAUAUUGGACUUUUAUCAGGUAUUAUUGUCGAAGUUUUUAAAAAAAAGUAUAUCAAAAUGUCUAAGACAACUACUAUUAUAACUACUAUGGUCGCCUUUGGUCUUUACAUGUAUGUCCAAUUGUACAGUAAUGUAUUUUAUCAGAGGCACAGGGAUUACAAUGUCAUGGAGUCAUCUUUGUAUACAGUCCUAGGCCAUUUAAAUACGUCCUUAUUGUACCUGUGGAUCGCUAUCUGUCAAACGACUUCUAGUGAUUAUUUUCUAGAAAAAUACCUGAACAAACGAUUCCGUAUUUUAUUACACAAACUCUCUUAUUCAAUAUACCUGGUCAAUCUUACCGUAACAUAUAUGAUAGUAUCCUCAGUACGGACAUCCGAAGUACUGACAUCCGGAAUAAUCAUUAUGAAAUGUAUUUAUAUAAUAUUAACGUCAUUGUUAUCGGCUCUAAUAAUGCAUUUGUUUGUUGACGCACCGUUUGGUUUAUUGAUAAACAGAGUUCUUUUGGGAAGAUCUAGCAGAAAAGUAAAAAACGAUUAACACGGAAAAAAUGCAAAAAGUCCACUCCAAAACAAAAUCACACGACUAACCUAUAAGUUUAUGCACUUGCUCUAAGCUCAAUAAUUAUUAUUCUAAAAGAGAGUGGUUUUAAUUAUAUUAAAUUGUCAUCACUUAUAAUGCAUGUAUUGUAUACUUUUUUUUUUUAAUUGUAAAUUUCUAGUUUUAAUUGUCAUUUUCAUGUGUUUAUAUAUUUUAUUUGUGAAGGGUAAAUUUAAUUAGAUAGGAUCAAUGCAAUUAGAGCAAAUAUUUUACAGAAAAUAACCUUUCGUUUAAAUUGAUUUGGCCUAUUACAACACUGUAACAUCAGCUAGUUAAAAUAAAAUAUGUUCAAUUAUUACUGUUCAGUGUUAGUUGUGUUUAAUUAUAUACAGAGUGCCUACUUCAUUUUGGGUAAAACACAUGGUU